AGUUCUGGUUUCUCACUUUGUGUGCCUUGAGUUUUCAGAUGCGAGUGAGGACAUACACAGUACAGACCUAAACCCAUGGGUCAGGUGAGUUUUACCCCAAGUUUUUGUUAUAUCUCCACUCUGAUUCGAGUACCAAUCUGCCUUAUUGUUACAGAAAUCAGAGCACAGGUCUCUCUCUUUUUAUUAGAAGCUAUUUGGUUUUUCAUGUUGAAUUCAAAAGGUGCUAGUAUGGAGAGAACAUACUGCCAAAGGAGUGGAAAUACAAACUUUGCUUUGGAAUCAAUCAGAAAGAGUACUACAUCAAACGUCAAUCUAAAAAAAAGUUCUGUAACUGAAAUCUACGAAAUUCUAAAGGCUAAAUAUUUGUAAAAGUACACUUCCUGAGGAGCACGUUUGCUUCAUCUGGAAGCUCUAAAGGACAGUGAUUUACUGCUGGUUUUGGUUGUGCCUCAUAGAAGUGGAGAAAGCAGUAACUUAUCAAUAUUUGUAACAGAGAGAUCUUAUUUUAAUGUGAUGUCAUUUACACAGCCUCAAAUCGAGAUCCUGUACCUUUCAUUUCUGUGUGUGGUAGUCUUAUAUAUAGUUGUUGCCCUGCCAGUCAGUAGAUAAAUGUCUUUUGAUGUGUCAGACAUUAGUGUGUCGGUAAUAAGACGUCAGGGAAAUUCAGGUGUUAGAACAAAAGUCAAGCUCUAUAGAUUUGCCAUCAGUAUUUUCCAGAAGAACAAUAUAAACAUGAUUAACUUUAUGUAUUUUGGCUAUGCAGAAAAACUCCAACCCGCAGUUGUUCCCAGGGGACAUUGUAGAGUACCCCAGAAACAAGUACUUCUCUCAUUUCGCCGUGUACUACGGAGAGAGGGAUGGAGUUCCCUACGUCGCCCACCUGACAUGUCGAGGUCUGUGACACCCUGUUGCACUUUGUGUUGGAGUCUUAUUUCAUGAAAUAUCCAAUAUAAUCUGUCAGUUGUACUUGAGUUUGUGUUUCUCAAAUACUUUAAGAAAACUUGUUAUAUUUCACAUUGUGGAAAGUCUUUCCUCAUUUUAUCUUGAAGUUUUAGAAGCAGUAAUGUUUGUUUUCUAGAUUCAGACUCCAAGCUGCUGCGCUUUGGCCGAGCUCUGAGGUCAGAAGUCAAACUGGAUCCACUCGAAAUGCUGGGAAAGAAGUACAAGGUUGAAUCACCAUUAUCAUGAUAAAGGAUUUAAAGACUUGAGUUUAAAAAAGGUGGUUUUUAGUUAUCCCUAUUUUAUGUUUUCUUAGGUAAGUAACAUGUUGGACGAUGCAUUCACGGCCAGAGACUUCCACAGUGUGGUGAAGCCAGCCAUCGAAGACAUGAUGGGACGCGAGGUGACCUUUGAUAUCCUGUUUCAUAACAGCGAGCAUCAAGCAACGCUCUUCAGAUAUGGAGUCAAGAAGUCCGAACAGGUCAGUGGAUGGAAGGUCAAAUUUCCUUUUUCUUCCUCCAGGAUUUGUAUUUUCAAAACAUUUGAUAGAUUCUAAUUUAGAUUGUGAUGCUCAUGAUUGGUGCAAAAGGAUCCAUGCAGGACAGAAGAUAUUUGUCACUCUGAAAUACCAACAUCAAAUACUGGCUGCUUUCUUUCCAGUUGUGUAUUGUUAGAAAUACAAAUAGACAGUCCAGCUGACAGUUUUUACUGCUCUCAUUUCUUGCAGUUCAGUUUAUUUGAUUUCUUUUCUCCAGUUGUUUUGCACAUUCAUGAUUGAUCAAAGCUUUUGCUCCAAGACGAAUCCUUUCAAAAACUUAAUUUAGGAGGAGAUAUAUGAGCAUUGGCAAAACAAAUAGAGUUCAAAGAGGGUUUAUAAAAACCAUGUGGAUUGUUCCUAAGUUUGAUUCCCUUCAGUUUCUAAAGAGAUGACAUAAUAAAACCUGUGUCUGUGUGUUUUUGUUACAGAUAGAGAGGAUUUAUGAACACAUCAUGCCAGCCUGGGCUAAGCUGUUUGAGGAGAAGAAACUGUGAUCAGUUCUCAGUGUUCAUAUCCGAACCACAAGAGGGCGACACUAUGCAAGUGAUUUCUGGAGGAAGGUUGUGUGCUGGCUUGGUUUUCAAGUUUUCAUAAAGAUAAAAUACAACAAAAUCGGACCAAUAUUUAUAUAAUGAAAUUAUUAAACACAUUAACAUAACGACAGUAAACCUGAAAUUCAUUCAAGGAUGUUUUAUUGUGACUGAUGCUCAAUGAAAGAAUCAAGUCCCAUAUGUUAAGAAAAUAAGAGUUUUGAAGAGCCAUUUUUAAGGUUAAAUAAUCAAAGCAGAAAAGGUACAAUAAUAUAGAUAAAUGAACUCAAAGAAAAAAUUUCAUGCUAAACUGUUUUUUAAUUUUGUCUUCUCAUUCCUCCUAUUUUUUAUGUGUAUUUCAUUCUGUGAAUUGUCUUUAAUACAUUUAUUUUGCUAAUACAAAUAAACCAUCAAAUCUGUCUUUACCGUGAGUAACAGCCCAGCGAUGUGUUCUUGUUAUUUCAGAUCCUGAUUUUGUUUCAUAUUUUUUACUUUGUGAUUUAAAAUUGAUGAGAGAGUUGGAAUAAGUAAAGAAAUAACUA